AAUAAACAAACGUCCUCAGGCCGCCGGGCAGUCUGCUGUGCUGAAAUGUCUCAGGGGAGUGGACUUUUUGCUCGUAGACUGUGUUUAAUCGGACUACUUUGGAUAAAGCUAAACAAAAACGAGAUUUAAAAAGCGGCUCUUUUUAUGAAUAACACUCCCAAUGGCUGCCCACACCACCCACGGACUUCCUUUCCUGCCUGGGAACAGCUUUCGGGACACAACGAAAUCAGCUUUCCACAGGCCACAAACCCUGUCCUAUAAGAACGGCUAUGCGCUGCCCCUCCGCCCCACGGUGGGUAUCGGCCAGCAACCACUGCUGUCAGAGCACAUCAUCCAAAACGAGAUGAAGCAGCUGUCCAGCCAAAGCCCCACCCUCACCUACGGAACCCUCAGGCGAAGCCCCCCGCUGGACUUCGUGCCCGCCCACGUCGCUUAUGACAAGAAGGUGCUGCGUUUCUAUGGUUACUUCCAGCAGGAGGUGCUGCAUUCUCCGGAGGAGCAUGUCCGCGUGCGGCCCAUGGAGAUCUACUACUACCUGGAGGAUGACAGCAUGUGUUUGAUGGAGCCGGAGGUGGAAAACUCGGGAAUUCCGCAGGGCAAACUGAUCAAACGCCACAGACUGCCUAGGGACCAGCAGGGGGAGCACUACCACUGGAAGGACCUGAACCUCGCCAUGGACCUGAGUGUGUAUGGCACUGUGUACAGAAUCACACACUGCGACCCCUUCACCCAGGAGUUUAUGGAAAGCCAGGGGAUAGUUCUGAACGACCCUGAGCCGACCCCCAGUGACCCCUACACGAGCCACCGGACUCAACCCCAGCGCUCCUACAUCACUCCAUCAGAUUACGACAACCUCAAACAGUUCCUCACAAAGGACCGCAAGGUGUUGCGGUUCUUCGCUCUUUGGGACGACUCUGACUCUCUGUAUGGAGAGAAGCGUGCAGUGACAGUGCAGUAUUACCUGGUGGACGAUUCGGUGGAGAUCCGUGAGGUUCUGAAGCCGAACAGCGGCAGAGAUCCCUUCCCCGUCCUGCUCCGCAGACAGAGAAUACCCAAACAUAUCAAAGCAGCCAGCCAGUCCUUCCCGAGUUGUGUUCUGGAAGUGUCUCCACAGGAAGUUCAAGAAUAUUACCUUCCAAAGGACUUCAAGGUUGGGGAGGAACUGAGGCUGCUGGGAAAGCGUUUCCUGCUGUACGACUGUGACGAGUUCACGCGGAGAUACUACGAGCAGCAUCACCCUGACGUCCCUCUUAAGCCCCUCCCUGUGGACGAGAACACCCAAGAAGAUUACAGGAGGGUAAUCCCACCAUACAACGGCUUCGGCUCUCUGGAGGACUCUUUGCAGAACUGUCUGUCUCUGAUUCCUGAACCGCCCAAGAAAGACCUGAUAAAACUCCUCGAGAAUGACCAUAAAAUACUGCGCUAUGCUGCCAGACUGGACUCCCAGAAUCCUCAGGACGAGGGCCGCCGCUUUGUCCUCUCCUAUUUCCUGUCCAACGACAUGGUCAGCAUCUUCGAGACGUCCAGACGGAACUCCGGCAUCAUUGGUGGAAAGUUCCUGGAAAAGACGCGGAUCCCUAAACCAGGAAGUACUGCGGAAAAACCGGAAUACUACGGCCCAGCUGACUUCGCCAUAGGAGCCACUGUGGAGGUGUUUAGGCACCGGUUUGUGUUGACGGACGCUGACCAGUAUGUACUCAGCUACCUCGAGUCGGUCGCAGGGCAGGAUCAAAUCCCGGAGCAGACGCUGUCCUCACUGAGACAGGCUCUAGGUCAGAGCAAAGCACCGGACUCAAACCACAUUCCCCAGAACCUGCCUGAGGCGACCCCAGAUGAAGGACUUCCACCUUCUUCCUGAACUUCCAGACUCCUCCUGCAGUAGAGACACUCGUUCCCUUUUUCAGAUGGCUAAAGAUUCAGCCGUUUCUAUUCUACAUCGUAACAAGGGGACUCCUCAGUAUUUAAUCCCUGUCAAUACCAUGCAUGUUUUUCUUUUCGUCAUCAGCGGCUCCAGCAUUGCCCCUCUUCACUACAUUUCCCAGCUACUUUGCUUUAUUAUAUAGUUUCUGCCACUCUGGGGCUAAUAAUGAUGAUUAUAGAGGCAUCCCUGCAUAAAUAAACCAUGUAAGAACCA